UAUAGCACAGUUUCGUUAACUCGUAACAAUUUUUCAUCCAAUUUUCUCUUCGGCACCGCAUCGUCAGCCUAUCAGUGUGAAGGAGGGGCUAAUGAAGGAGGUAAAGGACCAAGCAUAUGGAAUGCAUUUGUUAAAAAGUACCCAGAGAGAAUAAUGAGUGGAGGCAAUGCAGACGUAGCAAUUGAUGCUUAUCAUCGAUACAAGGGUGAUAUUAAAAUUAUGGAGGAAAUGGGGUUCAAUGCUUACCGUUUUUCCUUUUCAUGGUCUAGAAUAUUACCUCGUGGAAAACUCAGUGGUGGUAUAAACAUGGAGGGAAUUCAAUACUAUAACAACCUCAUAAAUGAUCUCUUGGAUAAAGGGCUAGUGCCCUUUGUUACUUUGUUCCAUUGGGAUCUUCCUGAAGCCUUGGAGGAAGAGUAUGAUGGUUUCUUGAGUACUAAAAUUGUGAAAGAUUUCAAAGACUACGUAAAUGUUUGUUUUAAAGUAUUUGGAGAUCGAGUAAAACAUUGGAUCACACUUAAUGAGCCAUGGACUUAUAGUAUGGGCGGUUAUUCAGGGGGAACACUAGCACCGGGACGAUGUUCUUCGUCGAAUAUAGUCAAGGCGGAUUAUAAUAUAAAAUGCACUUAUGGAAAUUCUGGAACAGAGCCUUAUAUAUCAGCCCAUAACCAACUUCUUGCUCAUUCUGAAGCAGUAAAGUUGUAUAAAGACAAAUAUCAGGCAUAUCAGAAGGGUAAAAUUGGUAUUACACUAAACUGUGACUGGAUGGUUCCAUACUCAGAAGCCAUGCAGGAUCAAGAGGCUGCUGAAGUAGCCAAUGAGUUCAUGUUUGGAUGGUUUAUGGAUCCAAUUACUCGGGGUGCUUAUCCAGAAUCGAUGCGAGUAUUGGUUGGUAAAAGGCUUCCCAAAUUCACAAAAGAACAAUCAGAAAUUUUAAAAGGAUCAUUUGAUUUUCUUGGAUUGAAUUAUUACACUGCCCGAUAUGCAAGAUAUAAUCAAAGUUAUAUUAAUGGGUAUCCUAAGAACAUUAAAACGGAUUCCCGAGUAAGCAUUUUGGGUGAACGCAAUGGGAAACCCAUUGGUCCAAUGAUAGGUACUAUUUAUGUGUAUCCAAGAGGAAUCCGAGAUGUUCUCCUCUAUGUCAAGAACAAGUACAAUAAUCCUCUCAUUUACAUCACUGAAAAUGGGGUAAACACGGUUAACUUAACUCGAGAAGAAAACUUAGCUGACAGUAUGAGGAUUGAUUAUUACUCCCGACAUUUCGCAUUUAUCAGACAAGCAAUCAAGGAAGGAGUAAAUGUGAAUGGCCAUUUUUCAUGGUCUUUGUUCGAUAAUGUUGAAUGGAGUAUGGGUACUGGAGUUCGAUAUGGAAUCUAUUACGUGGAUUAUAAAAAUGGCCUGAAAAGAAUUCCCAAACUUUCUGCUAAAUGGUUUAAGAAGUUUCUUCAAAGAGAAUGA